AUGCUAUUAGAUGCAUACCUCAUAACCUUCGAGUCGGUGUUGCGUAUUCUGCAUGUACCAACCUUUCUGCAUAAUUACAGACGCUUCUGGGCGAACUCUCCGUCAACUCGCCUACCGGAUCAAGAAGAGUUAUUCCUUUGCAAGCUGCUGAUAUGCAUUGCUCUAGGAACUUUCGUGUGCCCUGGGCUCGAUGCCGCUGGCGAAACAGGCUCUGAACAACGACAGGACGGUAAUUCUUUGCGCGAGCAAGCGAAAACAUGGAUCGCGUUCGGGAAACAAUGGCUAGCUCGGAAAAUAAUGGCUGGCUGUAGAGCAGACCUCAAUACCGCACAAAUAGUGUGUCUACUCGCGCUAUCGCGGUACACAGGUCCAGUCAGUACGGCAUCGACCGGAUCACUAUGGUCCCCUGGAGAUCAUGACCUGACGCGGGUAGCGAUUCAGAUGGGCUUGCAUCGUGACCCUACCACUGCUGACCCUGACAUGCCAGCUCCAGAGGUUGAAAUUCGUCGGCGGCUGUGGGCUACAAUGCUCGAGUUGUCCUUACAGCUAUGCCUUGAUCACGGGCUUCCAGCUCCAAUCUCACCGGAAAGCUACGACUGCGCAUCGCCCUCCGAUUUCGUAGAAGAGGAUGCGACGACUGCUGAUGCUGAUUCCGCGUCAUCCUCUUCUUUCACGAGCUAUUUUAUUGAUUACAAUCUACCAAGGACAAACCCGUUGGUGAUCUUGGCGCGGACGCAGCGCCUGCGGUUGCAAAUCUUACACGUGGUACAUUCACCUGGUGCUGCCAAGGCGUUUGAAGAAACACACAGACUCUCAGCUGAGCUAAAAGCCUUGUAUUCCACAGAGCUCCAGAGGCUGUUGUCUCUACAGAAGAAGCCAACUGAGUUUCAGAUCAAGCUUUUGGAUGCCUUCACAUUGCCAUUUGUGCUAGCACCACACGCCAAGUUUGCCGCCUACUCCACGACUAAUCCAGCGUAUUAUUUUUCGCGGAAAGUCCGCAUGGAAGUUUCGGCACUGCUUUUGGCCAACCACUCGCUAGGCCCGACAAUAACGGUGGUACCCGCGGCCAGCGGACUCGAGGAAGUCAUCGCUGGUGCUGACGGCAUACAAAUCUUAGCCUCCAAUUCGGCCGCUUCUGCUAGUCCUGCCAUCUCUCCAGCUUCAAACGCACUGGGGAUUCUCCGUAUCCAUAGCCAAGGCCAUUUUGCCACCUUGCAAUGGCAUGCUAUUCUGGCGCUCUGUCUCGACAUGAUUAGUGAGCUCGAGGAGAGCUUUUUUUCAGCAGUAAAUGGCGCAAGCUGGCGGCAACUCCAAGAAACCAUACAAGCCUAUGCCGCCGUACUUGAGCGGCGCGUCCGAACUACGGGCGGGGCCACAUCUGCGCGCGAGUUCCUCUUCUGUUCUUGUGCGGAGGCAUACAUUGGGGCAAUGCUGAGGGGAGACAGGGAAGUUGACCAGGCCAUUGGAUCAGCUGGCUACACAGCGCUGACGCUGUGUUGUGAAGUAUUGGAACAGGGGCUCAAUAAGCGGCGCGGAGUUCCUUAA